AACAUGGUGGGUGUGUCCUAACCAACCGUUCUAUGUUUUCUUAGCUAGGUAGCCUUUUAAAAUGCCCGAACUCAAAACGCUUCUUUUUCCAAGAUGGCGUCGAUGAAGGAUAGCGACACCGGCCUGUGGCUCCAUAAUAAACUAGGAUCAACAGACGAACUUUGGGCGCCUUCUAGUAUUGCUUCACUCCUCACCGUUUCAGUUAUCGACAAUAUACGGUUGUGUUUUUCGAGUUUGUCGCCUCCGGUAAAGCUAAAACUCUUGCUCGGGAUGCUGCAUCUUCCCAGGCGGACUGUUGAUGAGAUGAAGGAGGCCCUAUCAGAGAUCAUCCAGCUGGCCACGGUGGACUCUGAGCCCUGGGUACUGAUGGUGGCAGACAUCCUUAAGUCCUUCCCAGAGACAGGCUCCCUCAACCUGGACCUGGAGGAGCAGAACCCUAACGUACAGGACAUCCUGGGCGAGCUCCGGGAGAAAGUGAGUGAGUGUGAAGCGUCGGCCAUGCUCCCUCUGGAGUGCCAGUACCUGAACAAGAGCGCCCUGACCACCCUGGUGGGCCCACUCACACCCCCCGUCAAACACUUCCAGCUCAAGAGGAAGCCCAAGAGCGCCACCCUCAGGGCAGAGCUGCUGCAGAAAUCCACAGAGACAGCUCAACAGCUGAAGAAGGCAGCGGGAGUGCCUUUCCACGCCAAAGGAAGAGGCCUGGUCAAGAAGAUUGACACCACCACACCCCUCAAGGGGAUCCCCAAAGCCCCGUUCCGCAGCCCCACCACCCCCAGUAUUUUCAGCCCCCCUAGCAACCGCACACCCAUCGCCCCCGCACGGACGCCCCUGCGCAAGGAGAGGGGAGUCAAGUUGUUAGACAUCUCAGAGCUCGAUAUGGUGGGAGCUGGUAGAGAGGCAAAGAGGAGGAGAAAGACUUUGGAAACAGAGGCUGGGGAGAAAGCUGCCAAAGAGGAGGCUGUGGUGGAGAAUGCUACACCAGACUAUGCUGCUGGACUGGUAUCUACCCAGAAACUGGGUGCGUUAAACAACGAGAGUGCCCUGCCGUCUACGAGUUACCUGCCUGCUACCCCCAGUAUGGUCCCCUCCUCCUCCUACAUUCCCAGUUCAGAGGCACAGCCAGCGAAUGCGGGCGGUUCAGGGCGUGACGCCCUGCAGUCGGGUCGACAGCCUGAGGAGUCGGCCACACCCAGUGCCGCCGCCACCACCACCCUCCCUGGCCAGUUCAAACAAAGGACGCCCAUGUACAACGCCAGCAACACGGCCGCCAGCCCCACCGCCCCCGCCUCCCCCAGCACGCCAGCCAGCACCCCCGCCAGCAGCAACGGCCCCUCGGCUGCCGCCACGCAGCCCGAGACCCCCGCCACACAGCCCCCCACUACCCCCCAGUCCACCACCCCGACUCCCACCCCCACGCCCCAGCCCAAAAAGAACCUCUCGCUCACUAGAGACCAGAUGUAUGCUGCUCAGGAAAUGUUCAAGACCGCCAACAAGGUCACCAGACCAGAGAAAGCUCUCAUCCUGGGCUUCAUGGCCGGAUCCAGAGAGAACCCGUGUCCGGAGCAGGGAGACAUCAUCCAGAUCAAGCUAAGCGAGCACACAGAGAUCCUGCCCAAGGCGGACGGCACGGGCAGCACCACCAUGCUGGUGGACACAGUGUUUGAGAUGAACUACUCCACAGGACAGUGGACCCGCCUCAAGAAGUACAAACCCAUCACCAACACCUCCUGAGUUGGCUGCCGGCCUGCCUGCCGGGACUAAAUACACACACAUUUACAUACACACGCAAGCAUCAACACACGCAGGCCAAAUCCUCCUCGGGUGGCCAGGGACUUGUCAUACUCACACACUUGUGCAUACACACAUGGGCCAAAUCCAGCACGUGAGAGGGGCUGGGGUGUGGUUGAGUGGGGUGGGGGUGGGGACGCAGGUUAAGAAGGCAUGGAUCCCUCUUUCUCAAAGUUCCUUCAUUGCCAAAAGGCAGGGACCCUCAAGACUUGUUUCCGUUGGUUCGUUUUUCUUUUCUGUUUUAGUCAGGUCACCUCAGAUUUCUGAAUGUUUGUGUGCUAGAGGAGUCCGUAUACCUUCUUUUUCAUAAGACACCAGUCAAGACCUGCUUUACUAUGAAAAGGUACAAGCAUGCCACAAAAAUAUUACAACUGUCUGUGUUUUUCAUUGUGAGAAUGACGUUUACUGUAUUCUUCCUACUUUGUCAAAGAAAAAAAAAAAAGGAUGAUUUGAGAAAAUUAAGUAAAUAAAGAGGCCAAACCCAUCAGUGAAAAUGUGACAGAGAGAGGGAUGAUGGGUUUCCUUUUUGCUGUCAAGUUCUGUUUUGGAAUAUUCCGAAUAAUGUUUUUCCAUCCUUACCAAGAAUGAAAAGAAAAUAAAGCUCCCGAGUGGCGCAGUGGUCUAAGGCACUGCAUCUCAGUGCUUGA